AACCUUUUAUAAAACUGAGAGAUCGUCCAAGACGUGGCUUAAUACAACGUUAGGCACCAACAUGCUGGCCAUGGCAAGAGCACAACUGUUGAUAUGCUGUCUUUGGCUAGUACUUGGCUCCAAGUAUGUCCAUAUGUUACCAUGCAAGGAGCAUGGUUCACAUCAUAAACAAGAUGUCGAUAACCAAGAAGAUGGUCAACGUCGCCAUAGCAAGACACAAGAAUUGUCGAUAAAGCUUAAGGUUUACCAACCAGGAAAUGAACAUGAGAAUCCCUGUCAUACGAAUGAAGAGAGCGAUUGCGAACAAUCCGAAAAUGGAGAGAAUCAGCAAGAUAAUAAGCAGGAUAAUAGGAAUGAGAAUCAGCAAGAGAAUCAGCUAGAGAAUCUGACACAAAAUCAGAAUCCAGAGCAACUAAAUGAUUUCCUAUGGAUCUUCACUUAUAAAAGCCAUUGGGAACUUCCUCUGCCAACGUAUACAAAUUCUCAAGUAUCCAGCCUAAGAAUCGAACCUAGGGACAUCUGAUAAUUCCGCAGAGAGUCAACCUAAAGCCGUGACAAUUCCACCAGCUUAUGGCGGUUGCUUAGCUUUCUGUCCUUAAGAAACGUUGUCAAUUCAAGAAAGCACAACUUGAUAUAAAUCAAUAAAAUAUCUAUCCCCGUGUGUA